AUGCACUCGCACUAACAUGUAAGCAGCAUUCAUAUGGACCAGUAGUUCAGGACAUAUAACAUGAAACUGUGAACAUCUCCAGUUUAAGGCCUGUAAAGAACCUUUAGUAAAUCUUAACUGCUUUCUCCUAUCCCCUUUUCUGUUUUCAAAUAUAGAGAAAUGGAAAAAUGCCAAAUACUAAAUGCAUGAUUUAACACACACAUUGGAGACUUGCAGCAUUUCAGCAGCGACGUUGUAUGCUAUAGAGGGCUUGAUUGUACUUUAACCUUUGCCAAGUGGAAGACGUAUGCUUUCAUGUCAAUGUUCCCUGUAGGGUAACGUACACUAAAAGUGUUACAGCUGAACUUCUUGACUGUCCUCUCCCCUUUAGAAACCUUCCACGUAACACAGAGCCAACUCACUGCUCUGCCCCUCUGUCUCCUCCUUCCUGGACUUUGAUCUCCUGUUCCCAACUGCACACUGUAUAGCCGCACUCUCUCUCUGUCCCUCACUCUCUGAUUUUUUUCUUCCCCCUCAAACUUGAUUGGAUUUCAAAGGCCAUGAUGUCCUCAGUGGCUUUAAAGUGUCAUUUACUGCAGCAAUUGAUUCAGGGCUUUUUGAGCAGAUUGGUAAACGAACACAGUCAGACUGUGGAUAAAUGGCCAUCUGUUUGUCUCUGUGUAAACAAAGUAUAUGCUACAGUUGCAACAAAUUAAAGCACCCAUGUUUGGGAUUUCUGACCUUGGCAACUCCCAGUGGUGACGUUGAAAAAGACUGUGUGGCAGACAGACAGCAUUGCAUGUCGUUACAACACUCCCCACACAUUUGAUACAGGGACACUGAGAUGAAAGGAAGAGAGCGACACAGUGUAGACAGGUAAUUUUCAACAUUCAGACAAACCAGUGCGUUAGGACGCCACACUCAUCAUCUCUUGGCAGCCCAUGCACAUGCAUGACACCAUGGGUAGUUCCCCCGAGGUGCUCUCGUGGACUUCCUGCCCCAGUCUGUUGGUGGGCAAGCUGAAGGAGGAGCUCAAACUCACUGUUGUUGGGGACACUAUGAAGAAAUCAAACACGCCCAACUCCCAACCCCAGCCUCCUCAGGCGCCUCCCUCUAAUUUACCUCCUCAGAUUAUCACAGACCUGGCCCCGCCGACACACCUGCCGGUUCCCCUGCAGGCGCUGCAGGCGCUGCAGAUGCCUGGCCAGGAGGAAGACUCAGUGCUGGGGUGUUUAAGUCCCCCUAACACAGCCUUGAGCGUGGACUCAACGCGGAGCGAGGGUGGGCACUUUGACAACAGCGUGCUCCAGCUGCAGGAGCAGGAUCAUGAGGAAGCUGGGUCGCCAGCAUCCUGUGAGCACGGUGGGUGUGGCAGUGGAAUGGAGGAGCAGAUGGGAGAAGGGGACUGUCCCAUGGACCACAAUGGAGAGGGGAGGCAAGGUCACCCACAUCACCCUGAUGAUAUCAAGCUGCACUUCCACAGAGCAGGGCCUGGGUCUGGCGGCUUCCUAGAGGGGCUGUUUGGCUGUCUUCGUCCAGUCUGGAACAUCAUAGGAAAGACUUACUCAACAGAAUACAAGCUACAACAGCAAGACAUGUGGGAGGUUCCGUUUGAGGAAAUCUCUGAGCUGCAGUGGCUGGGUAGCGGUGCACAGGGAGCCGUCUUCCUGGGCAAAUUCCGCUCUGAGGAGGUGGCCAUCAAGAAGGUGCGUGAGCAGAAGGAGACAGACAUUAAACACCUGCGAAAACUCAAGCAUCCCAAUAUCAUCAGCUUCAAGGGCGUGUGCACCCAGGCACCUUGUUACUGCAUCAUCAUGGAGUACUGUGCCCAGGGCCAGCUCUAUGAGGUCCUGAGGGCAGGGCGGAAAGUUACCCCCAGGCUGCUGGUGGACUGGGCCUCAGGCAUUGCCAGUGGCAUGAACUACCUACACCUCCACAAGAUCAUCCACAGAGAUCUCAAGUCUCCCAAUGUUUUGGUCACCCACAACGACUCUGUGAAAAUCUCUGACUUUGGAACAUCCAAAGAGCUCAGUGACAAAAGUACAAAGAUGUCAUUCGCUGGUACGGUGGCCUGGAUGGCACCAGAGGUGAUAAGAAAUGAGCCUGUGUCUGAAAAAGUAGACAUCUGGUCGUUCGGAGUGGUGUUAUGGGAACUGCUGACUGGAGAGAUUCCCUACAAAGACGUGGACUCCUCCGCCAUCAUUUGGGGCGUUGGCAGCAACAGUCUUCACCUCCCUGUCCCCUCCACUUGCCCGGACGGUUUCAAAAUCCUCAUGAAACAAACAUGGCAAGGCAAGCCCAGGAAUAGACCAUCUUUUCGUCAGAUCCUCCUACACCUUGACAUUGCUGCUGCUGAUAUUCUAGGAGCUCCUCAGGAGACGUACUUCAAGUCUCAGGCUGAAUGGAGAGAGGAAGUGAAGAAACAUUUUGAGAAGAUCAAAAGCGAAGGCACCUGUAUCCACAGGCUUGACGAAGAGCUGAUCAGGCGCAGGCGGGAUGAACUCAGGCAUGCAUUGGACAUCCGGGAGCACUAUGAGAGGAAACUGGAGCGAGCCAACAACCUCUACAUGGAGCUGAGUGCCAUCAUGCUGCAGCUGGAGGUCCGAGAGAAGGAACUAAUGAAGAGAGAGCAGGCAGUUGAGAAGAAAUAUCCCGGCACCUACAAGCGCCACCUGGUCAGACCCAUCGUCAGGUCCAAUGCUGUAGAGAAGCUCAUCAAGAAGAAAGGAAGCAUUUCCCACAAAGCUGGGUUGCCUCCCACUAAAAGGCCAGACUUACUACGUUCUGAUGGCAUCCCCAGUGUUGACCCUCUCCCCUCCCCCUCGCCACUAUCUGCCAGUCCAAAGGUCUCCACACCUCCUGGAAAAGCCCGCUACCGAAGCAAGCCCCGUCACCGCCGCGCCAACAGUAAAGGGAGCCACAGCGAGUUCCCCGGGGUGCUGAAACCUGCCGCAGGGCCACUAGAAGACACCCUGUCACUCCAGGAGCAGCCCUACCACCACCAUCACCACCACCACCAUCUCCCACCAACUGAGGGGCCGUUCCUCCCCUUGAAGGGCCGUGAAGAGGCCGUUGUCAACUGUGCCAACAACCUGCGCUACUUUGGCCCCGCAGCUGCUCUCCGUAGCCCUCAGACUGACCACCUGCAGCGUCGUGUUUCAGGCUCCAGCCCUGAUCUCAUUUCCACCGCAGUGGAUGCAGACACACGUCAGCGGACUUCAUCCACCAGCUCCAAUCCCGUCCCGGGUGCAGGCGCUGGUUCGUUGUGUCCCUGCUGCCAGGCUCACCCUUUCCCUGGAUGCCUACACUGUCAGGAGACCCCUCCUGCAUCCAACCACCCAGAGCUGCCCCACUACUCACUGCUCAACACACAAGAAGGCACCCAUUCUUCUUUAGGGGCUCCCAGCAAAGAUCCAGCUGCAGAGACCACAAAGAAGGCAGAGCCUCAGGAUCAAGAGGGGUCCCAACUCACCCACACCCUGCCCACUGCACUGCCUCGCACUCUCAGACCUCUCAGGAAGGGUGGAGAUGAGUCAUCUGAAGAGGAAGAGGGGGAGGUGGACAGUGAAGUGGAGUUUCCAAGGAGACAGAGACCUCAUCGCUGUAUGAGCAGCUUCCAGUCUUACUCCACCUUCAGCUCAGAGAAUCUGUCUGUGUCUGACGGAGAGGAGGGGAACACCAGCGACCACUCCCACAGCGGGCCCUUGGAGAGGAUGAGUGCCAGUCAGGAGGAGCACCUGGAUGAGCUGCUGUCACACACACCAGACAUCCCCAUCGACAUCUCCACCCAGUCAGAUGGCCUGUCCGACAAGGAGUGCGCUGUCCGGAGGGUCAAGACCCAGAUCUCCCUGGGCAAACUGUGCUCUGACGAACACAGCUACGAGAAUCCGCUACAAUUUGGGGACUCAGACUGCGAUACAUCAGAAGCAGAGUGCUCCGACGCCACCAUUAGAAACAAAAAAGUCGGUGCUCCUUCCACAUGGUGAAUCCACCUGCAGAGCUCUGUUCCGUUUUUGCCUGGGGGCCACCGUGUCCCACUCUGCCCUGCAGAAAAUAGCAAUAAAAAGGACAACAAAGCUCCCUAUAGCAAAGCCCCAUGCAAUCUCUCCCAGAACCUCCCCCUGCCCCUCCCCUUGUAAACCUCCCCUCAUAUCUAACACAGCAUCCAGGCGACCCAUGGCAGGGAUUCCCUUUUGAAUGAUAAUGUACAGUAGAUAUUGUAACAUUCAUAAUUUAUUUUUGUCUGAGUUUUGAAGGAAAAUUCAGGACAUCUGUAAAUUCUCUGAUCCAAACAGAAUGGAGAGAGAGAGAAAAAAAAAAGACUAUAAAAGACACAUUUUGAAACUGAGCAUGGGCUAACUGUGUGUUAGGGAGAGACUGAGACUGGACGAAGAUGCAGGUGAUGGUGAUGAUGAUGAUGAUGAUACGAAGUUUGAGGCAGACAGCUAGCAGACAGGAGUCACAUCACUGCGGUUGUUGGCCUCUCAGGUGACUAGCACAGACUAUGAGAAUCUCUACAAGCCUUUAUCUGGCUGCGGUCACUCUCUGCAUCUUAUUGAUUUAGACUGAAAACCCCAACCAACAAGCACUCUCUCUUACUACAGUAUGACCAACCUGCUUUAUCAUGAGUGCAGAGCCCCAGUCCCCCGCCUCCCCUGCCCCACCUCCAACCCAUCCCCACCA